CCGGAUGGUGUCCUUUUUCCGGAUGUCAUGGACACUGGCUGCGCCAUGCCACUUGCCGAUCGCCACAGCAUGUACACGACGUCGUACGAAGCGACGCCGCUAGUCGCGGUCCCAACUGCCUCGCUCGUGCGCGAAGGCGACGACGACUCAUUCACAGAUCACGUGUUUCGCCUUCUCGGGAGCCCGUUCCAGCUCGUGACCGUGCUGCUCGUACCGUACCAUGCCUUCAACUUGCUCUUCGCGGUCGCCGCCGCGGUCGCCGUCGUUGCCGGCACGGCGCUGGGUCUUGGCCUCCUCCCGCUCUGCUGCUUUGGCGUGCUCGUGCUUCAAGGCGUACUCUACUUGAUGCUGUCGCUUGCCAAGGUCGACGUGUCACUCUACAACUGCGUCGCGCCGCGCGGUGACCGCAUCCUCGAUACGUUCCACAUGCCGCGCCAGGGUCCGUUCCGGUUUGCGGGCCAGCGGCUCUCGCCGGGCCUCACGCAGCUCUUCUCGCAAGAGUCGUUCCUGGGCAUGUUCUACUUUGUAUUUGUCAAGUGCCCGCUCACGCUGAUUGCGAGCGUCUCGUCGCUCGGGCUGCUGGCGAUCGUGAGCGCCUGCGUGGCCUUUCCGCUCCAUUACGACUUUUUCGUCGCCCACAAGGACCUUUUGACGCUGCGCUUCAAGCACGGCACGCUGCGCACGCACGGUGUACUCGAGAGCUUUCCGCUGGCCGAGAGCGACUGGCCCCAAGUCGUUUUCUUUGGGCUCGUGCUUCUCUACCUCACAUGCGUCUGGAUGCACGUCUGCGCUAUGGUGCUCCGUGCGACAACAAAGGCGUUCUUGUGCGAGUACUUUACCGCGUCCGGCGUUGUCUACUGCCACGGCCAAGCGUCGUCGUUGCCGCCACCGUCCGCACCGCCGCUCUAUGGUUCGGCACCGGCGUCCGUGCAGGCAUACGCGUACGAAAAGCAGUGAGCGACGGACGACAUAUGACCGUCGCUCCAAGUCGCUGUUGCGAUCUUCUGUCGUAGAGUACUAUCUAAUGCGUUUGGCACUGUGCUCGUGUUGCACUAUCGCAGUGGUUAUGACAUUAGAGGUUGCUAGCUACAUAUGCACCCUCGCAUAGCUGGGACAUCAUGUUCAACUGCAUGAUUUUGCCUGCGGUAGCGCUGCGCGACUAAAAGUUUAGCAAGGAACGACAUACAUAUAACUA